UGGCUCACAGCCGUCCUCAGAGGCUGCCCUGGGACUUUCUCCCACACGCCAUGGGUGUUGGCCAAAGGAGGCUGGCCCCGCUCUGGGCCCUGGCCCUCACUCUGGCCUGUGCCCAGCACACAGGCCAGGCCCGGAACAGCGCUGCAGAGCUCAGCUUUGAGCACCCAGACCUCCCUCCUGCCCCUCAGGGCCCUGGCGGCACCGCCCUCCGUGGAGUGACCAUCCACCCGCCUCUGAGGACCGCCCCCGUGGUGCGAGCCCUGAACGCAGCCCACGGCGGGCGGGUGUGCAGCACGUGGGGCGACUUCCACUACAAGACCUUCGACGGUGAUGUCUUCCGCUUCCCCGGGCUGUGCAACUACGUCUUCUCCGCGCACUGCGGCUCCGCCUACGAGGACUUCAACCUGCAGCUCCGCCGCGGCCCUGGGCCCAACAGCGCUGCACCCAGCAGGGUGACCAUGAAGCUGGAUGGCCUGGUCGUCAGGCUGACCAAGGGCUCCGUCCUGGUCAACGGCCGCCCAAUUCAGCUGCCCUUCAGCCAGUCUGGGGUCCUCAUUGAGCAGAGCAACAGCAAUCUGAAGGUGGUGGCCAAGCUGGGCCUGGUCUUAAUGUGGAACCAGGAUGACAGCCUCCUGCUCGAGCUGGAUGCCAAGUACACCAACCAGACUUGCGGACUUUGUGGAGACUUCAACGGUGUCCCCGUCUACAACGAGUUCUUCUCGCACAAUGUCAAACUGACCCCCACCGAGUUUGGGAACCUGCAGAAGAUGGACGGCCCCAUGGAGCAGUGUCAGGACCCUGUCCCUGAGGACGCUGGGACCUGCCAGAGCGACUCUGGCAUCUGCGAGGAGAUGCUGAGCAGCGAGCCGUUCUCGGGCUGUGCCCGCCUGGUGAACACCAGCAGCUACCUGGAGGCCUGCCGGCAUGACCUCUGCCACUGCAGCCUGGUCAACCUCACCAGCUGCCUCUGCCACACCCUCGCCGAGUACUCCCGCCAGUGUGCCCACGCCGGGGGGCUGCCCCUGGACUGGCGGGGCCCCCAGCUCUGCCCCCAGACGUGCCCCCUGAACAUGCGGUACCACGAGUGCGGCUCACCCUGUGCGGGCACCUGCUCCAACCCCGAGCGCUCCCAGCUGUGCGAGGACCACUGCGUCGCCGGUUGCUUCUGCCCCGAGGGGAUGGUUCUGGACGACAUCAGCCAUGCGGGCUGCGUCCCCGUGUCCGGGUGCUCCUGCGUGUACAACGGGGCCACCUACGCUCCAGGGACCGGCUACUCCACAGGCUGCACGAACUGCACCUGCUCUGGAGGCCGCUGGACCUGCCAGGAGGCGCCAUGUCCGGGGACCUGCUCGGUGCUGGGCGGCGCCCACAUCUCCACGUUCGACGAGAAGCAGUACAGAGUGCAUGGGGACUGCAACUACGUGCUGGCCAAGCCUUGUGAAAGCAGCGCCUUCACCGUGCUGGCCGAGCUGCGCAGGUGCGGGCUGACCGACAGCGAGACCUGCCUGAAGAGCCUGACGCUGAGCCUGGGCGGCGGCCACACGGUCUUCGUGGUCAAGGCUAGUGGGGAGGUGUUUGUGAACCAGAUCUACACCCAGCUGCCCGUCUCAGCAGCCAACGUCACGCUCUUCAGACCCUCCACCUUCUUCAUCAUUGCCCAGACCCAGCUGGGCCUGCAGCUGGACAUCCAGCUGGUGCCCAUCAUGCAGGUGUUCGUGAGGUUGGGGCCGGAGACCCGAGGGCAGAGCUGCGGCCUGUGUGGGAACUUCAACCAGAACCAGGCCGACGACUUCCGGACCAUCAGCGGCUUGGUGGAGGGCUCAGCCGCCGCCUUCGCCAACACCUGGAAGACCCAGGCCACCUGCCCCAACGUCAAGAACAGCUUCGAGGACCCCUGUUCCCUCAGCGUGGAGAACGAGAAGUACGCUCAGCGCUGGUGCUCCCAGCUGACCGACCCCCAUGGCCCCUUCGCCCAGUGCCACUCUGCCGUGGACCCCAGCGCCUACUACUCGAACUGCCUGUUCGACACCUGCAACUGUGAGAAGAGUGAGGACUGCAUGUGUGCGGCCCUGUCCUCCUACGUCCGGGCCUGCGCCGCCUGGGGCGUGCUGCUCAGCGGCUGGCGGGACGGCGUGUGCACAAAGCCCAUGGCCACCUGCCCCAAGUCGCUCACCUACCGCUACAACAUCAGCACGUGCCUGCCCACCUGCCGGGCCCGGAGCGACGAGGACGUCACCUGCAGCAUCAGCUUCGUCCCCGUGGACGGCUGCACCUGCCCCGACGGCACCUUCCUGGACGACGCAGGUGCCUGUGUGCCGGCCACCAGCUGCCCCUGCUACUUCCAGGGCUCCGUGGUCCCCAACGGGGAGUCGCGGCACGAGCAGGGCAUCGUCUGCUCCUGCACCCAGGGCACGCUGACCUGCAUCGGAGGCCACACCCCAGACCCAGUCUGCCUCCCGCCCAUGGUCUACUUUGACUGUCGCAAUGCCACGGCCGGGGCCAGCGGGGCCGGCUGUCAGAAGAGCUGCGACACCCUGGACAUGGACUGCUACAGCACCAAGUGCGAGCCCGGCUGUGUGUGUCCUGACGGGCUGGUGGCCAGCGGCGACGGCGGCUGCGUCCCCGUGUCCGCCUGCCCCUGUGUGCACAACGAGGCCAGCUACCAGCCAGGCCAGACCAUCCGCGUGGGCUGCAAUACCUGCACCUGUCAGAGUCGGGCGUGGCAGUGCACCGACCAGCCCUGCCUGGCCACCUGCGCGGUGUAUGGGGACGGCCACUACCUCACCUUCGACGGGCGGCGCUACAGCUUCAGCGGGGACUGCGAGUACACGCUGCUCCAGGACCACUGCGGAGGGAACGGCAGCGCCCAGGACAGCUUCCGCGUCGUCACCGAGAAUGUGCCCUGUGGCACCACGGGAACCACCUGCUCCAAGGCGAUCAAGAUCUUCCUGGGGAGCUACGAGCUGAAGCUGAGUGACGGGAAACUGGAGGUGAUCGAGACGGGCCCGCGGCCGCCCUACUCCAUCCGCCAGAUGGGCAUCUACCUGGUGGUGGACACGGAAAUGGGCCUUGUGCUGCUGUGGGACAAGGGCACCAGCAUCUUCCUCAGACUCAGCCCCGAGUUCAAGGGGAGGGUCUGCGGGCUGUGCGGGAACUUUGACGACAACGCCCUCAACGACCUCACCACGCGCAGCCAGUCUGUGGUGGGCGACGUGCUGGAGUUUGGCAACAGCUGGAAGUUCUCCCCGUCGUGCCCGGACGCUCUGGCCCCCAGGGACCCCUGCACCGCCAACCCGUUCCGCAGGUCGUGGGCCCAGAAGCAGUGCAGCAUCAUCAACAGCGCCACCUUCAGCGCCUGCCACACCCACGUGGAGCCGAGCAGGUACUACGAGGCCUGCGUGAGCGACGUCUGCGCCUGCGACUCAGGGGGCGACUGCGAGUGCUUCUGCACGGCCGUGGCCGCCUACGCCCAGGCCUGCCACGAUGCGGGCGUGUGUGUGUCCUGGCGGACCCCGGACGUCUGCCCUCUGUCCUGCGACCACUUCAGCCCCCAGGGCCGCUGCCAGUGGCAUUACCAGCCCUGCGGGGCGCCCUGCCUACGGACCUGCCGGAACCCCCGCGGCCAGUGCAGGCACGACGCCCGCGGCUUGGAAGGCUGCUACCCCAAGUGCCCAGCAGAAGCCCCCAUCUUCGACGAGGACCAGAUGCAAUGUGUGGCUUCAUGCCCGCCCCCAUCCCCACAACCCCCCUGCCACGUUGGAGGCCAGUCCUUCUGGCCAAACUCCACGGUGCCCUCGGACAGGGACUGCUACUCCUGCAUCUGCACCAAGGGUGGCGUGCAGUGUGCCUACGACGCGAACGCCUGCAUCUGCACCUACAACGGGAGGCGCUUCCAUUUUGGCGACGUCAUCUACCACACAACGGAUGGCCUGGGGAGCUGCAUCUCAGCCCGCUGCGGGGCCAACGGCACCAUCGAGAGAGGGGUCCACACCUGCAGCCCCACCACGCCCACCCCUCAGACCACGUUCUCCUUCUCGACAUCCCUGCCCGCUUCAAGGCCCUCAGAGCCGUCCUCACCUGAGCCCACCACGGUCACCUGUUUACAAGUGUUAUGCAACUGGACUGAGUGGAUAGAUGGCAGCUACCCUGGGCCAGGGAUAAACAGUGGAGAUUUUGACACUAUUUCGAAUCUCAGAGCCGAAGGUUAUAAAUUCUGUGCAGAGCCCAAGAAUGUGCAGUGCCGGGCAGAGAGCUUCCCCGACACCCCACUGCAGGAGCUGGGCCAGGACGUGAUCUGUGACAAAUCCGUGGGCCUGAUUUGCCGGAACAAGGACCAGCUGCCCCCCAUCUGCUACAACUACAACAUCCGCUUCCUGUGCUGUGAGCUGGUGGACACUUGCAGGACAAACACCACUUCCCCUGCCACACCUGCGACCACACAGACAACCACAACUGAAGCCAGCGCUACCUGGACCACCGGAACCCUCUCCACUUCCACAAAACUCAGCACUGCCAGCUCACCUCACGUGACCCCACCAAGAUGGGUCACGCCCAGCACACACGAGCAAUCCUCUCCAGGGACCACCCCCUGCAAGCCAAAGUGCAGGUGGACCAAAUGGUUUGACGGGGACUUCCCAAUGCCCGGGCCCCACGGGGGAGACAAUGAAACCUUCGGCAACAUCAUGAGGAAUGGAGACACCAUCUGCCACCGACCUGAAUCCAUCAGCAAAGUGGAGUGCCGAGCCGAGAACCACCCUGGGGUCAGCAUCCACGAGCUGGGCCAGCUGGUACAGUGCCACCAGGACGUGGGCCUGCUGUGUCGGAACCAGGACCAGAAGGGCAAGACCAGGCUGUGCCUCAACUACCAGAUCAGAGUGCUGUGCUGCGAGCCCCGAGAACACUGCCCUCCCCCCACCGUCACAGUAACCAGCACCUCCAGUGUGAGUGCACCUGUGCACACGGGCACCACCUUCCGUGAGGCCACAUCCAGUGCAACCCCUGUGCACACAAGCAGCACAACCUCGGCUCCUACAAGUGCAACCUCUGUGCAGACAAGCAGCACAACCUCAGCUCCUACAACGAGCUCAACCCCUGUGCACACAAGCAGCGCAACCUCGGCUCCAACAACCAGUACAACCUCUGUGCACACAAGCAGCGCAACCUCGGCUCCUACAACCAGUACAACCUCUGUGCACACAAGCAGCGCAACCUCGGCUCCUACAACCAGUACAACCUCUGUGCACACAAGCAGCGCAACCUCGGCUCCUACAACCAGUACAACCUCUGUGCAGAGAACCAGCACCACCUCGGCUCCUACAACCAGUACAACCCCUGUGCAGAGAAGCAGCACCACCUCGGCUCCUACAACGAGCUCAACGCCUGUGCACACAAGCAGCGCAACCUCGGCUCCAACAACCAGUACAACCUCUGUGCACACAAGCAGCGCAACCUCGGCUCCUACAACGAGCUCAACCCCUGUGCACACAAGCAGCGCAACCUCGGCUCCAACAACCAGUACAACCUCUGUGCAGACAAGCAGCACCACCUCGGCUCCUACAACGAGCUCAACCCCUGUGCACACAAGCAGCGCAACCUUGGCUCCUACAAUGAGCUCAACCUCUGUGCAGAGAAGCAGCACCACCUCGGCUCCUACAACCAGUACAACCCCUGUGCACACAAGAAGCACAACCUCGGCUCCAACAACCAGUACAACCUCUGUGCACACAAGCAGCGCAACCUCGGCUCCUACAACCAGUACAACCUCUGUGCAGACAAGCAGCGCAACCUCGGCUCCUACAACCAGUACAACCUCUGUGCAGACAAGCAGCGCAACCUCAGCUCCUACAACCAGUACAACCUCUGUGCAGACAAGCAGCGCAACCUCGGCUCCUACAACCAGUACAACCUCUGUGCAGACAAGCAGCGCAACCUCGGCUCCUACAACCAGUACAACCUCUGUGCAGACAAGCAGCACCACCUCGGCUCCUACAACCAGUACAACCUCUGUGCAGACAAGCAGCACCACCUCGGCUCCUACAACCAGUACAACCUCUGUGCACACAAGCAGCACCACCUCGGCUCCUACAACCAGUACAACCUCUGUGCACACAAGCAGCACCACCUCGGCUCCUACAACCAGUACAACCUCUGUGCAGACAAGCAGCGCAACCUCGGCUCCUACAACCAGUACAACCUCUGUGCAGACAAGCAGCGCAACCUCGGCUCCAACAACCAGUACAACCUCUGUGCACACAAGCAGCGCAACCUCGGCUCCAACAACCAGUACAACCCCUGUGCACACAAGCAGCACCACCUCGGCUCCUACAACCAGUACAACCUCUGUGCACACAAGCAGCGCAACCUCGGCUCCAACAACCAGUACAACCCCUGUGCAGACAAGCAGCGCAACCUCGGCUCCUACAAUGAGCUCAACCCCUGUGCAGACAAGCAGCACAACCUCGGCUCCAACAACCAGUACAACCCCUGUGCACACAAGCAGCGCAACCUCGGCUCCUACAAUGAGCUCAACCCCUGUGCAGACAAGCAGCACAACCUCGGCUCCAACAACCAGUACAACCCCUGUGCACACAAGCAGCGCAACCUCGGCUCCUACAACCAGUACAACCUCUGUGCACACAAGCAGCGCAACCUCGGCUCCUGCAAUGAGCUCAACCUCUGUGCAGAGAAGCAGCACAACCUCGGCUCCUACAACCAGUACAACCUCUGUGCAGACAAGCAGCGCAACCUCGGCUCCUACAAGUGCAACCUCUGUGCAGACAAGCAGCGCAACCUCGGCUCCUGCAAUGAGCUCAACCUCUGUGCAGAGAAGCAGCACAACCUCGGCUCCUACAACCAGUACAACCCCUGUGCAGACAAGCAGCGCAACCUCGGCUCCUACAAGUGCAACCUCUGUGCAGACAAGCAGCGCAACCUCGGCUCCAACAACCAGUACAACCCCUGUGCAGACAAGCAGCACCACCUCGGCUCCUACAACCAGUACAACCUCUGUGCAGAGAAGCAGCACAACCUCGGCUCCUACAACCAGUACAACCUCUGUGCAGAGAAGCAGCACAACCUCGGCUCCUACAACCAGUACAACCUCUGUUUCUACAUCUGAGACUACCCCAUCCCCACGUUCGACUGUACCCUGCUUCUGCAACGUGUCUGGCCAGUUGUACCCUGCAGGAUCCGUCAUCUAUCGAGUGACUGACCUAUCGGGCUACUGCUAUCAUGCCUUUUGCAGCCCAGACUGCCAGGUGGUCAAGGAAACGGCCACCACCUGUCCCACCAGCAUGCCACCUCCCACCCCGACCACGUCCCUACCAGAGUCCUCCACUCCUACCACCGUGUCGGUCACUCAACAAGGGUGCCCAAAUGCAGCCCCCCCAAGAAUGAAAGGUGAAACCUGGCCCAUGCCCAACUGCUCCGAGGCCACCUGCCAGGGCAACGGGGUCAUCACAGUGAGCCCACGCCACUGUCCGAAGGUGCAGAAGCCCACCUGUGCCAACGGCUACCCCGCCGUGCAGGUGACUGACCAUGACGGCUGCUGCCCACACUACCAGUGCCAGUGCGUGUGCAGCGGCUGGGGGGACCCGCACUACAUCACGUUUGAUGGCACCUACUACACGUUCCUGGACAACUGCACGUACGUGCUGCUGCGGCAGAUCGUGCCGGUGUUCGGCCACUUCCGCGUGCUGGUUGAGAACUACUUCUGCGACGCAAAGGACGGGCUGUCCUGCCCACAGUCCAUCAUCGUUGAGUACCAUGACAACCGCGUCAUGCUGACCCGCAAGCCCGUCCACGGGGUGAUGACCAAUGAGAUCAUCUUUAAUGGCGAGGUGGUAAGGACCGGCUUCCAGAAAGGCGGCAUUGCCGUCUUCCAGGUUGGCAUCAAGAUGUACGUGAGCAUUCCCAAGCUCGGUGUCCAGGUCAUGUUCAGUGGCCUCAUCUUUUCCGUGGAAGUGCCCUUCAGCAAGUUCGCCAACAACACGGAAGGGCAGUGCGGCACCUGCACGAAUGACCAGAAGGACGAGUGCCGCCUGCCCGGGGGUGCGGUGGUGGCCUCCUGCUCCGACAUGUCUGGCCACUGGAAGGUGACAUACCCUGGCCAGCCGUCCUGCCACGGGCCUCCCCCGACAUCAGGGGAGCCCGGCACCUCGCCCACCCCAGGGGAGCCUGGCACCUCGCCCACCCCGUGCCCACCUUCGCCGAUCUGUCAGCUCAUUCUGAGCAAGCCCUUCGAGCUGUGCCACGUGCUGAUCCCUCCCUGGCCGUACUACCAAGGCUGCACCUUUGACCAGUGCCACAUGCCCGGCACGGACAUGGUGUGCACUGCCCUGGAGCUCUAUGCCGCCCUCUGUGCGUCCCUCGGCGUCUGCGUCGACUGGCGGGGCCAUACCAACUCCGGGUGCCCCUUCACCUGCCCUGCUGGCAUGGAGUACCAGCCCUGCGGCCCGCCCACCCCCUUCUACUGCUACACGAACAGCAGUGCCAGCCCCCUGGCCCUCCUAAAAGCCAGUCCCAUCACGGAAGGCUGCUUCUGCCCGCAGGGCACAAUGCUGUACAGCUCGAGCAAGGAGGUCUGCGUGCCCGACUGCAAGGUUUGCCUGGGGCCCAGUGGGGAGCCUGUGGAGCCCGGCCGCACAGUCAGCGUGGACUGCUAUGAGUGCACCUGUGAGGGCAGCACGCGGACCAUGAGCUGCCGGCCCCGGGCCUGCCCCACGGCGCCCCCCUGCCCCGCGUCCGGCCAAGUGCCUGUGCCCGAGGCCAUGCAGACUGGCCAGUGCUGCCCCCAGUACCGCUGCGCCUGUGACACCAGACACUGCCCUGAACCGGAGGCCUGCCCCAAAGGCUCGCAUGCCGUCCAGACCUACAAGGAGGCGGCCUGCUGCCCAACCUACAACUGCAGCUGGACUGUCUGCAACAUCAACGGCACCCUGUACCAGCCCGGUGCCGUGGUCUCCUCCAGCCUGUGUGAAAAAUGCCGGUGUGAGCUGCCUGGGGGAGCCCUGUCAGACACCUUUUUGAUCAACUGUGAGACCCAGAUCUGCAGCACCUCCUGCCCCCUGGGCUUCAAGUACCAGGCUCGGGCCGAGCAGUGCUGUGGUGAGUGCGUGCAGGUGGCCUGCAUCAUCAACACCAGCAACAGCUCUGCCCACCUCUUCUACCCGGGUGAGUCCUGGUCAGACCCUGGAGACCACUGUGUGACGCACGAGUGUGAGCAGCACCGGGAUGGGCUCGUGGUGGUGACCACGAAGAAGGCGUGUCCCCCGCUUACCUGUCCUGCGGACAAGGCUCUGCCGAGCGAGGACGGCUGCUGCCUCUCCUGCCCCACCUACAACCGGUCGACCUGUGCGGUGCACCACCAGCUUCAGGUCCUCCGGCAGCAGGGCUGCAGCUCCCCCGGGCCCGUGCGCCUCGCCUACUGCCGGGGCAACUGCGGGGACACCACCUCCGUGUUCUCCCCGGAGGCGAACGCGGUGGAGCGCCGGUGCAGCUGCUGCCGCGAGCUGCGCUUCUCUCUGAGGAACGUGACCCUGCACUGCAAGGACGGCUCCAGCCGCGCCCUCACCUACACGGAGGCGGAGGAGUGCGGCUGCGAGGGCCUGCAUUGCGACUCCCCCGGCGGCCUCGGCCUCUCGGCGGUGGCGCUGGAGCCAAGCCCGGAGAGCGGGCUCAGGCGCCGCGUGAGAAGGGCCCCGCGGGCCCGGCCCGUGCAGUAGAGGCCACAGCCCCGGCCUGGGCCUGGCGGCCGCGCUCCUCAACAAGCCCACAGGAACGCUUCUAUUUGCUGCCAACGGCCUCCAAGGCCGGUGGAACCUGAGCCCCGGGCCAGGGAAGCACCCCCACCCCUUUCGUCCCUCCCAGGGUCCAGCUGCCCCGGUGUGCAGUGGCCCCAGGGGCCUGCUCAGGAGGGGGUGGGGGAUGCCCCAGGGGCCUGCUCAGGACCAGCCCCGCGGGCAGGGGGUCCAGCCUCCUGGCCCCAGGCCUCAGCAUCACGCCGGUCCCUUAAUGUGGCGACUGGGGCUGCUCGGCUGGCCGCUGGGAGGCGAGCCUCACCCCACUUUCCUGGCCCUGGGCCUCAGGAAAGGGCCAGGGGGUUUGUGAAUACACUUGGAGCAUUUUGCAA